AUGUCUACCUCUGAUACAUCUGAAGCUCUAGAGAUUGCUUUCAGUGUUCUAGAGGCUGCCGUGAACUACUUGGACACCCGCACAGCAGGCUGCAUCCUCACUGGCAUCCCCGGGCUGGAGCACCUUCAUGUGUGGCUGUCCAUUCCCUUCUGUACUAUGUACACAGCUGCCCUGGUAGGCAAUAGCAUGCUAAUCUGUGCUAUCCUCUCCCAGCCAAGCCUCCAUGAGCCCAUUUGCAUAUUCCUGUCCAUGCUGGCCAGUGCUGAUGUCCUGCUGUCUGCACCCUCCAUGCCCAAGACCCUGGCCAACUUCUGGCUAGGUUCUAGCCACAUCUCCUUUGAUGGCUGCCUGACCAUCCACUUCCUUUUUGUGGCUGACUCUGCUGUCCUGAUGGCCAUAGCUUUUGACUGCUAUUUGGCAAUAUGCUCUCCUCUGCAAUACACCACAAUCCUGACAAGGCAGGUCACGGGAAAGAUUGCUGCUGCUACCCUGACCCGCAGUUUUAUAAUCAUGUUCCCAUCCAUCUUUCUCCUUAAGCGGUUGCACUACUGCUGGAUCAGUGUCAUAGAACACACAUUUUGUGAGCACAUGGGUAUUACCCGUCUGUCCUGUUCUGACAUUUCCAUCAAUGUCUGGUAUAGGCUGGCAGCUGCUCUUUUUUCCCCAGGCCUGGACAGCAUUCUCUUUGCUGUUUACUAUGUCCACAUCCUCCACGCUGUAUUCUGCCUCUCUUCCGAAGCCCCGUCCAAGACCCUGAGUACUUGUGGAUCCCAUGUGUGUGUCAUCUUACUGUUCUACAUCCCUGCCCUCUUCUCUGUCUUUGCCUACAGGUUUGGGAAACGCAUCCCACGUGAUGUCCACAUCCUGUUGGACAACCUCUACAUGGUUAUCCCACCUAUGCGCAUUCCUGUGGUUUAUGGAAAAAGGAUGAAGCAGAUCUCGGGAGGAGCUAAGCAGAUGUUUGCAAAUUUUACCAAAGAAUUUAAGUAA